CAUAAACUAGAAAACUGGAGCAAGGAAGGAAGGAAGGAAGAAUCCGGUAGAACACUUUUCAAGGCCGAUAUCUAAAAUGCAGACGCCAGUCGAGUCUGUGCUCCACAGUGGUUAUUUUCACCCAACACUGAGAUACUGGCAGUCAUGUGCAGCAGAUUUAAGACCUGAAAACCUCAUCUACCCAAUCUUCAUAACAGACAGUGAAGAUGCAGUAGAGCCCAUUGCAAGCCUUCCAGGUCAAGCCAGGUAUGGUGUUAAUAAGCUUGAGGGAAUGCUGAAGCCUCUUGUAGCAAACGGCUUAAAAUGCGUGCUGAUAUUUGGUGUGCCGGCAAAAAUAGAAAAGGAUGGCCGAGGAUCUGGGGCAGACACGGACCAGACGCCAGCAGUGUUGGGCGUGAGGAAGAUCCGCUCUCUGUUCCCCAAUCUGCUGAUCGCCUGCGAUGUCUGUCUGUGUCCGUACACAGCGCACGGACACUGCGGUAUUCUACGUGAGGACGGCACAUUGGACAACGACGCGAGCUGCAUACGUCUAGGGGAGGUGGCGGUAGCUUACGCCAAGGCUGGCUGUAACAUCAUCGCCCCCUCUGACAUGAUGGAUGGACGGGUGAGGGCUAUCAAACAAGCACUGAUGUCCAAUGAAAUGGGCAACAAGGUUUCAGUGCUGAGCUACAGUGCAAAGUUUGCUUCAUGCUAUUAUGGCCCUUUCAGAGAUGCUGCCCAGUCCAAGCCUGCAUUUGGAGAUAGACGCUGCUAUCAGCUGCCCCCUGGUGCCAGGGGACUGGCAUUGCGGGCUGUGGAGCGGGAUGUGAGAGAAGGAGCUGAUAUGCUGAUGGUCAAACCUGGACUCCCGUAUUUGGACAUUGUGAGAGAGGUCAAAGACAAGCACCCGAAUCACCCGCUGGCGGUGUACAACGUGUCGGGGGAGUUCGCCAUGCUGUGGCACGGGGCCCAGGCCGGGGCCUUCGACCUGAAGGCCGCCGUGAUGGAGUCCAUGACGGCCUUCCGCAGGGCAGGCGCUGACAUCAUCAUCACCUACUACACACCUCAGCUGCUAGGAUGGCUGAAAGAGUAAAGGCAAGAGAGAUCGGACAUGCGGCAGGACAAUGUGGACCAAGAAUUAAAGAAUCCAUUUUAAAAGAAGACAGAAUGCAUACCGUCAAAUGGGAGGAUUUUAAAUAUUUAUCCUGCAUUUAAAGCUGACGAAAAAUAUCCCGUACCAAAGUAUUUUUAAAAAAUAACCUUUGUUUUAUGCCAAGUCAUUGAGUGUUAUAUGAAUGUAUCUUGUUGUAGCCUCCUUGACUUCCAAUAAAACGCAACAAAAGACAAUCUUAUUAUGUUGUUGACCUGGUCUUGAUCUGAUCUUGUUUAAUUGAAUAUGCUUUUUUUCCCUUUGGUUGUCUGAACUCCGGCAGAGAGGGUCCUUUUCUGCAGGCAUGGCAGGCCUUAGUAUUUGUAAGGUCAAGAACUACAUUUGGGAUCUUGCUUGACUCAUGCUGUUGUGUGGACAUGAAUGGCAAACUGUCAGUCUCACCAAGUUCCUAGAACUGACAACCCUAAAAAGUCCUGAUUAUCAAACUGAAGCUGUUCCAGGAAACACAGGAUUUGUGUUUGGCGAGUAUAUGUUUGGGACUGACACAGGGGACUCAUGGCAGCCGCUCUGUAUGGGGUCCUUUCUGCGUAAGGAGUUGUGAUGGUGUGGCUUCAUACAAACAUUGGGGCCAUGGUCUGAGAUAGCCUCAAUAAGCAUCCUGUGGGCCAAAUCCUGACCAGCAGCCAUGUUAUCUGGUUCCCCCAUCCUCUCCAACUACAACGAAUAAUGUUAACAUAAUUUAAAGAAAAAAAUCGAAUUAUAUCGGUUACUUAUUAUGUGUUCAAUAUUUAAAACUGCCCUGCUAUCAUGGCCUACAUUGAUACUAUUUCAGUGGAAUUCCAUCUGGGAGCUAACAUGCCAUCUGUGUUUAUAACCCGAUGCUGUGUAUUCCCUAUAGGUUAUCAAUCAUGCAAAUAAACACUUUGAACAGUGUCU